AAUGUAACAAUUAUCCGUUCCUGCAUUCAGCCAGUGGAAAUGGUAGCUAAACGCUCUUCUGUUUUACAUCAGUGCUAUCUUGAAAUUAACCUCCAUAUGUUUCAGAACUGUUUUAAUGCGUGCAUAGGCGAGCCCAAAUAGUGUUUAUGGGUGAUCUUCAGCAAUAUCACCGGUGCAAUUCUCGAAUGGCAUGUGUUGACUAGCUAGUGUAGCGUGUGCCGUGCCAGCAUAGAGAUCAUUCGAAUAUUAUGUUCUAGUAUUCAUGCAGAAGGUCGCGCUUCUUAGGACCAUUAUUGUUUUCUCUGCAUUUGUCUUGUAGGACUAGACUAUCGAGUGUGAUUGGUAGUCUAUUCUCCAUUUCCGUGAACAAUGUCGGGGACACUUGCACAAACGAUGAAACCAUAUGUGUUUCUUCUGACUUUUGACGCUUUUCUGUGGCUAUUAGUUUGGCUUUUCGUCGUGAGUUUAGGUGUCACAAACAGCGUCGGUGUUACAUGGCUGUGGUGUUACAGGCUGGUAAGUUGGGGUAUACUCCACCAUUUGGCGCUGUUGUUCAGUGAGGAGAAUGGGCAGCAGACGGCGCUCUUGCGAUGGGUUGCAGCACUGUGUCUCCUCUCCCCCACUUACGAGACUGUAAAGACUUUGGUUCCAUUCAUCCCACAUAACAACUGCCCUGUUCCCGAUGUCGGGAUGGUGGCCCUGUGUGCAGCGGCCGCAAGCAUGGCAAGUCUGUUGUGGGAGUGGGUUUCCUCGGACAAGGCGAAGGGUGAUAGCGGAAAGGAGGAUAAGAAACAAAAGGCUCGGGCACUGCUUAUGAGGGUGGUAGGUUAUUCAUCUCCAGACUACCUUCACCUGGGAGCUGCCUUCUUUUUCCUCACCUUGACAGCUCUGGGGGAGACUUACAUUCCAAUAUAUAUUGGGCAAGUGAUUGAUAUUUUAAGUGGCACCUAUGAUCAUAACAGCUUCCUCUGGGCGAUUUGCUACAUGGGUCUGUUCUCAGUGGGCAGUUCUCUAUUUGGAGGCCUACGUGGGGGUAUGUUCAUGUGUAGCCUCUGUCGAAUGAACAAGAGGAUACGACACAUGCUCUUUGAGAACCUGAUGCAGCAAGAGAUUACCUUUUUUGAGGAAAACAAGCCAGGUAGCCUUGCCUCACGGCUCAUCUCGGACACCGAUAAGAUGGGCCGCUCGGUGGCCAUGAACGUGAACGUGCUCCUGCGCAGCCUGGUGAAGACCGCAGGCAUGCUGUGGCUCAUGCUGGGCCUCUCCUGGCAGCUCACGCUGCUGGCCUGCGUGGAGAUGCCCCUGACGGCCCUGCUGCAGAACUCCUACAACACGCUCUCACAGGACCUGUCCCAGCAGCUGCAGGACUGCCAGGCGGAGACGCGGGAGCUGGCCGGCGAGGUCCUCGGGGCGGUGCGCACGGUGCGGAGCCUCCACGCCGAGCGGCAGGAGAUGGGCCGCUACCAGGAGGCCCUCGACAAGAUGUUCAACAUCAAGAAGCGCAAAGGCAUCUACAGCGCCUUUCAUCUGCUGCUCAGGAGGACGGUGACCGUUGGAAUAAAGGUCCUGAUGCUGCUCCAGGGGCGAGCCCUCAUCUCCUCCCAGCAGCUCAGCAUGGGGAGCCUGCUCUCCUUCGUCCUCUAUCAAAAAGACAUGGCCACCAAUAUGAAGCACCUGGUGUAUAUCUACGGAGACAUGCUGAACACGGUGACGUCAUCUGUCAAAGUCUUCCAGCUCCUCGACAGGAAGUCCAGCAUGAAGGAGGAGGGCUCGUUGGCACCUGAACAACUGGAGGGCAAACUAGCUUUCGACAAGGUCACUUUCUCAUACCACUCUCGCCAGAAUGUCCAGGCGCUGAAGAAUGUGACGCUGGAGAUAGCGGCGGGGCAGAUGACGGCGCUGGUGGGGCUCUCUGGCGGGGGGAAGAGCUCGUGCGUGAGCCUGCUGCAGCGCCUCUACGAGCCCCAGAGAGGGGACGUGCUGCUGGACGGAGAGCCGCUCCACCACUACGAGCACCGUUACCUGCGCAGCAAGAUGGCCGUGGUGUCCCAGAAUCCCGUGCUGUUCUCCGGCUCGGUCAGAUACAACAUCAGCUAUGGCCUGAAGGACUGCAGCGAGGAGAAGGUGAAGGAGGCAGCAAAGAGAGCCAACGCUCACGACUUCAUCUGCCAACUGCAGGAUGGCUAUGACACAGACGUGGGGGAGUGUGGAGAUCAGCUGUCUGCUGGCCAGAAGCAGUGCAUUGCCAUUGCCCGCGCCCUGGUGCGGAGACCUCAAAUCCUCAUCUUGGAUGAAGCUACCAGCUCCAUGGACGUCAAUACACAGGAGGCUGUCCAAGCGGUUCUGAACGGGGCUGAGGGCCAGACAGUGCUGGUGAUUGCCCAUCGGCUGCAGACAGUGGAGCGAGCGAAACACAUCCUCGUCAUGGCCAACGGUGAGGUGGUGGAGCAGGGCACGCACAAGCAGCUCAUGGACAAGGGCGAGAAGGGCGAGUACUACCGGCUCCAAAAGAAACUCUUCUCGGAGGACUGAGAGGGCUGGGAGUUAUAGACCCUGCGGCAGCUGGAUCAGUACACCCCUGGUCCAGCCAGGCCAGACACUGUCCUGUCGCUUCAGGAGGACAGACACACAUUUGAGGACAACUGUUGGUGGGUGAUGGCCGAUGGCCCUGCUGCUGACAAGGCGAUGCCCACAGGCAGCCUAUCACUUCACAGAGGCACCAGUGCAUAUUGAGCAAACAGAGGCAUUGUCCUCUGAAGGCAUUGGAUUGGUUUAGACAUUUUACACUCCAUAAAGCUUCUCACAUUAAUGGUUUCCACUCACAUUUGAGCCAGAUUACCCCAUGGCUGUCUGCAUACAUGGAUUACAAUACAACACAUUUCCAACUGCAUCUAUCCCUGACAGACAAGAAAACCUCCAGAGCUACUCCUUCAUGAUCUCUUUCUGAGUCUCUUUCUCAUCAAAAUGCUAUUUUAUGCUAUUAGGUGGGCGGAGCUGCUGUGAAUGCAUUUUUUGAACGCAUUUUUACACUUAUUUUUUUGAUUUCUUUUGGAUUCAAACAUUUGUGCCAUCCCACUGCCACCAUUGUAUACAAAGAUAUAAAAUAUAGCAUACACCCCCUACUUUCCACUCAAUCUACAUGGUAUUACAAAUGUGAUAUUGUAGACAAGCAUGCGCUUAAUCUUGAUCACUGAAAAGAAAAGAUUGAUUUAUUUUUUAUUUAUGUACAUUCUAGUACCCAAACAUUCAAGAAUAAAACCAGCCUACACCAGUUGA